CACACAUCCAGAGAGCCCUCCUGUCCAUGGGAAUUUCUGUGCAGCGUUGGAUGGGGAGAAGAGAGCAAUCACAUGACAGCCACCUCACACACAGACACAUCCUUCCCCCUCCCUCUGUCACUGACCUGCCGCCCUCAUGCCCCGCCCACGUCGAGAAGCGGAUGCACCCCACACGGACACUCACUGCCCGCCCACGUGCAGCACCUCUAUCUCAAAGGCAAGGAACUCAUACGACCCGCCCAGCAUAGCACUGCCAUAGCUAUCUUGAUAGCUAUUGCUCGCCCCCACAUAGCCCGCAGGCACAUCGCGGCUGUGGGUGAGCUGUGCACAGCUGCGGAUGUCGGCAGCCGGCCGGUCACUGCCACGGCCGUCACCCAAAUACAGACCCCCACCGAUGAACACAUACGCACCAUACACACUCCCCUCCCUCCCCGCCACCGCCACAUACUGCUCCCUUCCGGGGAUGUCGAUCUUGGUCGGCUGUUCAAAGUGGCCGGCCAGCGAGAACCACCAUACGUCACAGCCGUAUUUGUACCACUUGGUGUCAGUCGGGUCGUCGGGCAGUCGGAUGCCGGCAGUGAUGAAGGCGCCGAAGACGCAUUGGUCCUUUCGGAUGAUGAACACCAGGCCCCUCUUGUCGCCCACACACCGCAGCAUAUCGUCGUAGGCCGAGCCGUCACGCAACGACCUGAUGGACACACACACUCAUCAGAAGGCCAUGUGUCUGUGUGAGUGUACCUGUGGAUGAGUGUGAGUGACGUGUGGCCGCCCAGCCACUUGGCGAUGUGCGCCACAUACGACAGGCCGACGGAGCUGCCAAUGGGCCAGCAGGGACGGGCAGCGACAAAUGACACACCCCGAGGGCCAUGCGCCCACGCGAAGGCGGCCCUACACACACAUGGGGAGCACACAGCUGUGUAUCAUCUCUCUCUCUCUCUCUCUGUGUGUGUGUCUGUGUGUGUCUGUGUGUUUACCUGCAGACGGGGCAGAUGUCGCCGGGGUGUCCGUAUCUAAUGCGCUGCACCACACACUGAAGGAGAGAGAGGACACACUGAUGAGUGAGUGAAUGGCUCCACCGCCGUCCAUCGCCACACUCACACACAGAGAUCGUCCUGGAUGCUCACCCCUGCACACACCGAAUGGCCUGAAGGGACACAGAGGGCACACCACCUCACCAAAUGCCUUAGCCUGUGCGUCAAAUGGUGUGCUGCUCACCGUCCACUCUGAGUACGCUGCCACUGUUGUCCUUCCCACAUCGGCCGCUGCACUUGGCCGACACUGUUGUCGAUGGCGAUGCUCCGCCGGGGAUGCCGUACUUGCGAUUGUUGAUGCAUGGCCAGUGGAACUGGUGACCUACACCGCACACACACACAGAUAAAACAUGCCUUCAUUGGCUGGCUGGAUGGAUGGAUGUGGUGGCUCACUGACUGACCGCAUGGCGCCUUGUUGGCCGACGAUGAGCUACCACCAGCGGCAGCAGCAGCGGCAGAUGAGGAGGCCGCCAUCAACGAACCAACACGGCUGCAGUGACUGAUGAGCCGACAACACACAGAGAGAGAGAUGCUCACAGACAAAGAAGGUCAACGCAUUGAGGUGACUGAAUGGGUCAGUGAGUGUGUGGCUUCCAAAUCACCUCUGCUGUGUGUCAGCUCAGCGGCCCGCCAUCCCACCACAUCAGUCGACAGGGCGGCGGUGUGACGGAUGACUCCACUGAUUCGCUAAGCCGCUCUCUCGGCCGAAUGCGCCACACUCGCAAUGCACAGCUGUCCGAAAGGCACAGACGGC